GACUUGAACUCCGAGCUAGAGCCGCUCUGCCAGUUUCUAAAUCUAAAAGAAAGUAGUUAUUGUCAAAUGUCAUUGUUUAUUGCUUACAUUUUAUCUUUUUCUUUUUAACCAACUUUUAAAGUAAAUUCUUAGAAUUCCAAUUUAAUUUAUAAGAUUUAAGUUUAAUGUGAAAAUGAAUAACGCACCACAGUUUUCACUCCGAUGGAAUAAUUAUGUUACUCACGUAACGGAGGCAUUUAAUGCACUGAGAUUUGAAAAUGACUUGGUGGACGUAACCCUAUGUUGUGAUGGUGGCAAAAUACGAGCCCACAAAAUGUUACUAUCAGCGUGCAGUAGUUAUUUUAGACAAAUAUUUAAAGAAAAUCCCUGCCAGCAUCCUGUCAUUAUAUUUAGAAACUUUAAAUUUGACGAUCUCAAUGCAAUUAUCAACUUCAUGUAUCACGGUGAGGUGAAUAUAUUUCAAGAGCAGUUGGAAUCUUUUCUAAUAACUGCGGAGCUUUUAGAAGUAAAGGGUUUGACUGACAACGUGGAGGAAGAAACGUCGAGUAACCAGUUAAGAAUCAGUGAGAGUAAUUCAUUGGACUUGAGUUCUAAAUCAAAUAGAGUCAAUGACGCUCCUGCACCCGUUCUUGUUGAAGAACCCGUAAACUUGACGAUAUUACCAUGGAGCAGAGGUGACAACAUUCCACAAGAGAACACAACAGCUACACAAGAUAACGCAGUAGCUACCCAAGAUAAUGUUGCAGCUAUACAAGAUAAUGACGUUGAGGUCCAAGAGCCCCAACCUGAGACAUCCAAAACAGAUAACAGUGUCACAAAAUCAAAACAAGGCACAUCUAGUGAAGAAAUGCAAGUGGACACACAGACUUCAGUUGAAGAUUUAUCAGAUAAAAGUAGUACAGAAUCAGACCUGGCCAAGUUUCGAUGUCAGUUGUGCCCUAAAGGUUUUAAGCACCCUACAUCCUUAACGUUGCAUAAAGACUCGCACGCAGGUAAAACACAAUGCCCAGUGUGUCACAGGUCAUUUUCACGCUCCUACGACAUGAGAAGCCAUCUACAAAGAAUCCACCAGGGGAAACAGUUAACUAUAAAAGAGAUUAGAUACAAGAACAACAGCGACAGUGUUGGACCCAAGCAAUUUACUCACAAUAUUUAGUAUAAAUGUAGUGGUGACGAAUGUUGCCACAGUACACCGGCUCCUGGUGCAAAAUAUCUUUUAUGUGUAGACAAAAUAGUGACCCUGUAAUUAUAUGUCUAAAUUUGUAAUCUACUCAGAAUUUAUCUUUAUUACACAAGAAUACAGAUAUCAUAAAAGGAACAUUGAGAAAAAUUUAUUAGGUAAGGUAAGUGUUUAAUCAAGAUGAAUAUUUUAUAAAUAAAUAAAUAUAAACUAUGGAGAUUUCCUGUCAGUCUCAAUAAAUGAUAUAUCAUAUGUAAUUAAUACUCUAGGGUAGGAAGUUGCUGAUAAAUCAGUAAUAUUUACUUUGUAUAUUUUGAAUCUGUAAUGUCCUAUCGAGGUAUCAAAGGUACGUAGGACUAUUUUAGGAAAGACUUCUGGAGUCAGACAAGGUAACAAUUGAACAAGAAAAUAAAAAUAUAUCAUUUAAGCUAUUUGUUUGUGGUAAUCAACUAUGAAGUAGCAUCGCAUUCAAAUUCACCAACAAAAUUAUUGUCUUGUUGUUUUUGGAGGUAGGUGAGGUAAAUUUACAUAUCAAAAAUAUUUAACACCAAUAAAUAUUUUUUGUGGUCUUACGCUGCAACAGAACAAAACAACUAUAAAAUUUGAAUCACAAAAUAUUCAAUUAUAAUUGAUAUAUGAUUAGCUGUUAGGGCUGAAGAAUCAAUACUUUUUAGGUAUUGUUUCUAUUUCAAAUUUGACACAGGUAAAUAACUUCAUCUUUUAGUAAACUAAAAGUUGUUGAUCGUUUUUUGCACUAUUCAACUACACUGCACAACCAGUUUUUUGGGGAGCUCUUUCAAUAAAAAAAUUAAUAGUUGAUCUUAUACUUGUCAGGUCCAGAUCUAAUUUGUCUGAGUUUGUGGUAGAUAAGUUCCAUGAAUGCGAUGUAUGUGUUAGCACUAGCUUAGCUAGCAUAGAUGCUAUAACUCUUACAAAUGGGGUAUACAAUUUUCAUAGAGAAUAAUGGAAACUGAUUGUAUUUCACCAGGUAAUAGUAAAAAUGUUUACAUAACCCACAAAUAAGAAGCUUUUAAAGUUUAAUUCUGCAUCACAGUGUGAGAACAGCACAUAGUUCCUUUCUGAAUAAAUAAAGAUAUAAUAAAUUAUUUAUGACAUCUGCUGACUCUUAGUUGUAUGUUAUUAAGUGUUCAUUUACACGAGCGGCAGCUGCUACCGAAGAAUGCACUCAGCGACGUCUCGGCGGCAGCCAAUGGGAGUCGACUUCAGUCGGCGACCGCCGUCGACCGCCGAGACUGCAGUCGACUGUGGUCGUCGGUAGAUUUGCCGCUCGUGUAAAUGAAGCCUAAUUAUUAUCUGUAACCUUAUAUCUGUCUUCUUUAUCUGGCCUUAACAUGUGGAUAGAAGUAUGGUGUGUCUGAAAUAUUCACAUGUGUUAAGAUUUUUACUGUAUGUUACAAUUAUGGUUAGUUGUUUUUCGCAAUUUAUAACGUUCUGCAAUAUUAAGUUUAGCCAAUGGUGGCUGUCUUGUAAUAUAACACAUGGUCGGCAAAGAAUGGGCUUGUGAAGCUAUAUAAGGUGGCGUGAAUGGUUUAUUACUGGCCAAGGGCCAUUAGUGGUUAAAGUUCAAUUCAACUAUUCAUUUAUUAAUCAUAACAUACAUAAAUAUAAAAUUAUUUAAUAAUUACUAUAAAAUUCAAAAUAACUUUUGAAAAAAAAAGCAUUUUCUUUACAAUGUUUUUAAAUAGUUAUUCUAAGAGUUGUUGGUAUUAUAAAUAUAACCAUAUUGCUAAAUAACUGAUAAAUGUAAAAGUUGUGUGUGUCUGUAUAUUUAAAUUUCCAUAUCAAAGUCACAAACACACUAUGCUCAGUUCUGUAAUUUUGGCUAUUUUUUAUACUAGUCUAUGUAAUUGUUUUAAUAAACUGUUUAUAUUA